AUUAAUUAGUCAUAGUGCUAUUUCUGUAGUGUAUACAGUAUAGCAAAUACUGGUAAAAGGGCGAGAUGGCGACGACGCCGAACGCAGACGGAAUUGCACCAGCGGCUCCACCGCUACCUGGGACAGACAUGACGAGUAUAUGCUUCAGAGAUCAGUUGUGGCUGAAUACAUAUCCACUUGACAGAAACCUAGUAUUCGACUAUUUUGCACUUUCCCCUUUCUAUGAUUGGACCUGUAAUAAUGAACAACUCCGUGCCCGUGCUAUUCAUCCACUUGAUUUUUCUCAUAUCUCGAAAAUGACGGGCAUCGAAUACACACUGAGUGAAGUAAUGGAGCCUCAUCUCUUUGUCAUCCGUAAGCAAAAGAGGGAUAGUCCUGAGAAGGUCACACCGAUGCUGACUUAUUACGUCUUGGAUGGUUCAAUAUACCAAGCUCCACAGCUCUGCAACGUGUUUGCAGCUCGACUUGGGCGUGCUCUAUAUCAUAUAUCAAAAGCUUUUGGUACUGCAUCUUCAAAGUUGGAAAAGAUCGGAUAUGUGGAGUCUGAAAAUGAUAGUCCAGCAUCUGAAACUAAGCCCGCCAAAGAGGCCAUUGACUUUAAGGAACUUAAGCGAGUUGAUCACAUCCUUGCUUCUCUACAACGGAAGCUGCCACCUGUACCUCCGCCUCCACCUUUUCCAGAAGGCUAUGCACCCGCUUCCACUUCAGAACCCUCUGAAACCCAGGAACCAGAGACUCAGCCGCCUCCAAUUGAUCCUAUUAUUGAUCAAGGCCCGUCCAAGAGAAUGAAAGUAUGAGAAGAGAUUGGAGUGUAAAUCGUUGCAUGGGAGCUUGCGUUUCCCGGGAUAGGAUUUUGCGUAUUCCUAAGUUUUAUUUAUUUAUAUUCACAUAGUUGGGUUAUUUUUCCUUUACAAGAAUUAGUUUUAUGACUUUGAAAUGAUUGGUAAAUUCAUAGUAAUUUCUUUAUUUUCUUGCCUCCA